ACAACAUCCAGCGGAAGUGAAGUCAAACUGUUGUUAGCAUUAGCCAAACCGCUGCUCAUGGAUACUGAUGUGUGUAAGUUUCAGUAAACGAUUGUUUUGUGGUAUCUCAGAGUAAUACUUGAUCACUUAAAGUAAAGAUGAACUCAGUCCAGAAUCUGAGAGAGUUGAUCAACGAGCGACUAACUGCUGCUGCUGAAGAAAUAUUCACGGAGUUUGAGAAAACCAUCGUCCAGUACGAGGAGGAGAUCGAUCGUCAGCGCAGACUGCUGGAUAACAUCUGGAAACCAGAGACAAAGUUCCAUACAACAGAUCUUCUACAACAAAAUGUCCAGGAGGAGAAUGUUGUUAUUGAGCAGAAUCUCUGCAACCAGGAGAGGAACUCCAGUGUGGACCAGGAGGACCCAGAGCCUCCAGAGAUGAAAGAGGAGCAAGAAGAACUGUGCACCAGUCAGGAGGGAGAGCAGCUUGUACUGAUGGAAGAGGCUGAUACACUGGUUCAGUGCAACUCCAACUGUGAAGAAAUAUCCAGAGAAAUAUUUGGAGUUUCUGAUAAACGACUCGGCCAGUUGGAUGAAGACAUCGAUGAUCAGCGCAGGCUGAAGGAUAUGAUCUGGAAACCACGAAUAAAGUUACACAGAAUUGAUCACCAACAUCAAGAUGUCAGUAAAGAGGGGAAUGGUCUCGCUAAUCAGCAUCUCUGUAACCAGGAGAACAAGUUACAUCUGGACCAGAAGGAGGCAGAACCUCCACAGAUUAAGGAGGAACAGGAGGAACUCUGCACCAGUCAUCAGAGAAAGCAGAAUGUACUGAAUCAAGCGACUGACACUUUUCUAUUGAUUUCAACUGAUAUCGAUAAUGACCUCAGUGAACUCAAACCAAACAGCAACCACCUCCUCUCUUACAAUUCACCAGCCACCAAGACCCCACAUCAGGAUGGAAACAAGCUUGUAGACUCACUUUCAACUAGAAAGGCAGUGCUGAAGCCAAAGAGUCGUAGCAGUUGCAAUGUAGCCAAGUCUUCAUUGUCAGAACAUCACUGUGAUGUUGGUACAAACGAAAAAUCUAUCAAAUGUGAUGUUUUUGGAAACACCAUUAAGAAUAAGUAUCAAACCAAGAAACAUCACCAAAUACACAAAGGUGUAAAACCAAAGGUUUGCAAUGCAUGUGGAAAAAGUUUUCGUUCACGGUCUCAGCUGAAACUCCAUAUGAAAAUGCACACCGGUGAUAAGCUGCUUUCUUGUAAAACAUGUGGGAAACAUUUCAGUUCAAGUAGUCAUCUGACUAUCCACAUGAGAGCUCACACAGGUGAGAGGCCAUUUUCUUGUGGAAGAUGUGGGAAAAACUUCAGUCAACGUUCUAAUCUGACUGCCCAUAUGAGAACUCACACGGGUGAGAGGCCAUAUUCUUGUGAAACAUGUGGUAAAAGUUUCAGUCGUGGUGGUUAUCUGACUGUCCACAUGAGAUCACACACAGGUGAGAAGCCGUAUUCUUGUGAAACAUGUGGGAAACAUUUCAGUCGUAAUAGUCAUCUGACUAUCCACAUCAGAACUCACACAGGUGAGAAGCCGUAUUCUUGUGAAAGAUGUGGGAAACGUUUCAGUCAAGUCGGUCAUCUGAUUAGUCACAAGAGCUCACACAGGUGAAAAGCUGUUGUUUUGGAACAACGUUGGGAACAAAGCUCAGUAGAACACGCAUUCAUUCACAAUGUUCAGGGUAAAAGUAGGUCUUGUAGAUUCUGUGAGUUUAUUGCAUUUCAGACUGUGACCCAUGGAUGUUUAAAAAUCUGCCAACCUGUCCAUUGGAUGCAUGGCGACUUUUCCAGAAGCACAUUACGUUUACGAAAGACAGACAACUGGAGACGUCAUACUUCUGAGGAACAGCCUAAUAGUUUAUUACAUGUUGGCUAUCAGUUUCUGAUAGAGCUGGGUGGGAAGAGAUGAUGUUGCUCUGAUUUAAUGUAGUGAAAAUGAGUUUACACAACAACAUAGUUUUUUAUUUAAUUAUUUUCGUAAUUCUCAUGUUCAGUUCAUGUGUGUAUGUGAAUUGGUUGCAAUCCAGUUCAACUUCAGUCUGUAUUUCUGUGGUGGGUCUUUGUUUAAAAAAAAUUAAACCAGUUUCCAAUGCAGUAAAAUGUGGAAAUAACAGACCUGACUGGUUUCAUAUCAGAUAAAGCUUCAGCUUAUAAUACAGUUGAAGUAAACAGUUCAUCUCGUAGAAACUUCAGUUUGCUUCAGGACAGUUUGUUCAGAUCAGAUGACUUUGAUGUAACACACUUGAAAUGUUGCUUUGUGAAUGCUGUACUGAGAAGAUUUUUUGUGUAAUUGUCAAACUGUAUGUAUUGUACUUUUUCAAGACCUCCACAGAAACAGAUUAUUUAAUUCCCUCA